AUGAAAAUAGAGAGUAGGAGUGUAGGGGUGAUGGUGAUAGGGACUAUAGUAUAGGAGCUUUGUCAAACAAUUCAAACAAUUAGAUAAAUAACACGUACGUGUGAAUGAAUUUAACCUUGUAACUUGCUCUCAAAUGUAGGACAUGUUUUCAGCAGGAACAGAAACAACAUCAACCAUAAUUGACUGGGCCAUGGUGGAAAUGAUUAAGAAUUCAAGUAUACUUUUCAAAGCUCAAGCAGAGGUAAGGGAAGCCUUUAGAGGAAAAGAAACUUUUGAUGAAAAUAAUGUCGAAGAAUUGAAAUACCUAAAACUAAUCAUUAAAGAAACUUUAAGACUCCAUCCUCCGCUUCCACUUAUGCUCCCAAGAGAAUCUAGGGAAGAAGUAGACAUAGAUGGCUAUACUAUUCCUUCGGAAACAAAAUUAAUAGUUAAUGUAUGGGCUAUCGGAAGAGAUUCAAAUUAUUGGGAUGAUGCAGAAAGCUUUAAACCUGAGAGAUUUGAGCAAAGUUCGGUGGAUUUUGCUGGUAAUAAUUUUGAAUUUCUUCCAUUUGGUAGUGGAAGGAGGAUUUGUCCUGGAAUAUCAUUUGGUUUAGCUAAUGUAUAUUUACCUUUGGCUAACUUAUUAUAUCACUUUGAUUGGAAACUUCCUCUUGGCAUUAAAUCAAGUGAUCUUGACAUGACUGAGUCGGGUGGAGCAAGUUGUACUAGAAAGAGUAACCUUCACUUGGUUAUGACUCCCUAUCAACCUUCUCAAGAGUGACUCAAUGGUAUCGAACUUUA